CGCUGAGGACACCUAGCCCCGCCCACACCUCAACCGAAUCACGUGAGCGUGACGUGGUGUAAGGUCCUCCGGAUCUGUGUGAGGCCCGGAGAGUGUUUUCCUCUCAGGAACCCGGCUGUGAGAUCGUCUCCCCCACCCGGACACCCCGAACCCUCCACUCCGCCUACUACGGCGGGACCAUGUCCGGCCCCGGCUGUUCCUGUACCGCCAGAAUCAUCAGCAGCUGCCUGCACCGAGGUGUGGUGUGCGGUCGUGGGCACCUCUCCAUUUUCAGAAGACCAGGAACUUUUGAAGUGGAUAAGCUACAAAAAACACACUUCAGAAGAUUCUCGGUAACGGCCGUGUAUUUUGCAUCUAAAGAUGGUGUCAGCAAAGAUGGGUCUGGUGAAGGGAACAAGAAAGCAGUCGGUGAAGGAGGAGGCGGCGGCAAGAAAUCCUCAGGGGGUUCAGGGAAAGGUGGAAAUCAGCUGAGGUGCCCGAAGUGCGGAGAUCUGUGCACCCACGUCGAGACAUUUGUCUCCUCUACCCGUUUUGUGAAAUGUGAGAAGUGCCACCAUUUUUUCGUCGUGUUAUCCGAGGCAGAUUCAAAGAAAUCUAUAAACAGAGAACCAGAGACUGCUGCUGAAGCUGUGAAGCUGGCAUUUCAACAGAAGCCGCCACCACCACCUAAGAAGAUUUAUAACUACCUUGACAAGUAUGUAGUGGGUCAAUCAUUUGCAAAGAAGGUCCUUGCUGUAGCCGUGUACAAUCAUUACAAGCGGAUAUACAACAACAUCCCAGUGAACAUCAGACAACAAGCAGAGGUGGAAAAACAGUCCUCAUUAACCCCGAGAGAGAUAGAGAUCAGAAGACGGGAGGAUGAGUACAGAUUCACAAAGCUACUGCAGAUUGCUGGCAUCAGCCCACAUGGCAAUGCUCUUGGAGCCUCCAUGCAGCAACAAGUGAACCAGCAGAUGCCACAGGAGAGGAGGGGAGGCGACGUGCUGGACUCCAAUCAUGAUGAUAUCAAGCUGGAGAAAAGCAACAUCCUGCUUCUGGGCCCCACAGGCUCCGGUAAAACACUUCUCGCACAAACUCUAGCCAAAUGCUUGGAUGUCCCCUUUGCUAUAUGUGACUGUACCACUCUGACACAAGCUGGAUAUGUAGGAGAGGACAUCGAGUCUGUGGUUGCCAAACUAUUGCAGGAUGCCAAUUACAAUGUAGAGAAAGCUCAGCAAGGUAUUGUCUUUUUAGACGAAGUUGAUAAAAUUGGUAGUGUUCCCGGCAUUCACCAGCUGAGAGAUGUGGGGGGAGAAGGCGUGCAACAGGGCUUGCUGAAACUGCUGGAAGGAACGAUUGUUAACGUCCCAGAAAAGAAUUCAAGGAAGCUGCGAGGUGAAACCGUCCAAGUGGACACGACAAACAUUCUCUUUGUAUCUUCUGGAGCCUUUAAUGGCCUGGACAGGAUAAUCAGCAGGAGGAAGAACGAGAAGUAUCUGGGAUUUGGCAUCACCUCUAACUUGGGUAAAGGACGGCGAGCGGCAGCAGCAGCCGACCAAGCGAAUGCCAGCGCAGAAUCUAACGCCGUGCUGGACAUCGAGGAGAAAGACCGGUUAUUACGACAUGUAGAGGCCAGGGACCUUAUAGAGUUUGGCAUGAUACCGGAGUUUGUGGGACGUCUUCCCGUAGUGGUACCACUUCACAGCCUCGACGAGGAGACCCUCGUGCGCAUUCUCACAGAACCCAGAAAUGCUGUUGUUCCACAAUACCAGGCUCUGUUCAGCAUGGAUAAGUGCGAGUUGAGUGUUACUGAAGGUGCUCUAAAAGCGAUCGCAAGACUGGCUUUGGAGCGGAAAACUGGUGCUAGAGGACUCCGGUCAAUCAUGGAAAAGCUGCUUCUUGAGCCGAUGUUUGAGGUUCCGAACUCUGACAUAGUGUGUGUGGCGGUUGAUCAGGAUGUAGUGGAAGGAAAAAAAGAGCCUGGUUAUAUUAGAGCCCAAAAUAAAGAGGUGCCAGAGGAAGAGUACGACUCUGGGGUGGAAGAAGAAGGCUGGUCCCGGCAGGCUGAUGCAGCCAACAAUUAGACUGUGUCUCGAUCAUUGCCGAUCUCCAGUGUUGCAGCUGCAAUUUCCCGCUCUGAAACACACUUCUCACUAAUACUAAAUACAGCUGUUUUGUGACCUGAAGGAAAAAAAAACUCACUCUGGGAACUAAAUCAAGCCGAUGCGUUUUACAAAACUUCAGUUUCUACAGUAGAGAACGGCGUUUAUAUACAAUGAUAGACAACAAUGUAUAAUAUAUCUUGGGAUUUUUUUUUUUUUUUUUUUUGUUUUUCUUUAUUUUGAAGAAGAGAAACUUUAACCAUUCUUAGAAGUACAUUUACUGGGAUUAAACAUGGUUAAUUUUACAAAUGUGUUCAAUUGUUAACCCGACGGUCUAUGCAGAUGCGUUUUACCAGUCCCCAAACAUUUUGCGGCUUCUCGUGUGUGUUUUUUUUUAUUUUAUUUUUUUUGCUGCUUAUUCUUCCAUGAUUUUAUGUCUCGUUUUAAUUUCAUAACUGGUUUAAAAAAAAAAUACUGGAAAAUGCUGCUGAUUGCAACUAAUUUUAAUGUCGUCCUAUAACAAUCCACUUUGAACUUUUUUUUUUUU